AUGAACAGCCAGCAUCAUACAGGCUUUCUCUGUGGCCAGUUUGCCUGUCUCCUGCUCUGCCCAGCCCUCGACCUCGGCGCCCACCCUUCAAGUUGAUUGUCUCCAGCUCAGACACCUUCCGGAGGUUCCAAGGGCCAUGUGUGGUGCCUGCCAACAGUCCUGUAUUUGUGGAGCCAUGUAAAAAGGCAACCUGGAAAGUGCUGGAGAUGCAGAGGAGAGAGGUUUGAGCCAAGGCUCUGCUGCUUAUGGUAUGAUGUUGGACAAAAUGUUUAACCCCUCUGGACCUCAGUUUCACCAUCUGCUUCCUUGGCUCAGCCCUCUUCACGAUGGGGCCUUUUUUUGCACCGAUGUUCCCUCUCGCCUUCCUCCGACCCAACCCAGGGCUCCCCACUCCUGCUGCUGCUAAGGGGUGGCUGUCCAGCAGAAGCCUCUGUCUCCUUCCACCCCCCACCCCCUGGGUCCCUGCCCCAAACCAGACUCAGCUUCCACCUGCGCCCCAUCUUCAAUGCCUCUGUGCAGUUCCUACACUGCCAACUAGGACUCUGCCGCCGUCGGGGUGCCCCACGGAGAGGCCCCCGCAGUGCCGACCAGCCCCCAAGGUGUCUCUCCCAGGAUGAAGCCUGCACCGGCAGCGGAAGCAGGGAGGAGGUCAUUGGAGAAAGCCCCCAUAUACACACCUUGUCCCAGCCCAUCAUUGUCACUGUGCCCCAACCCCUCCAUAGACCCCCUCGCAUUUCCCCUGGUCAGUCACAGGUUGGGCUGGGCCAGGUCCUCCAUUCUGACCCACAAGCCCCAGGCUGCGGGGGCCUGGACCCUGCCCCAGUUGUGGCCAUCGCUGUUUCUGCCUUUGUCUUGGGGGCUGCCCUCACUGCCGGCUUGGGUCUGAUCUAUGUCCAUACAGCUCCACCCCCACCAAGGGCAGCCCCAAGUGGAUCUCCGAGCCCCUCCCAGCCUAGGAGACCUCAGUAA